AUGAGGCGGGUAGGGCCUCCUGAAACGCCCCGCCGUCUCCAUGGAGGAAUCUACAAUAAGGGCAUCAAAGACUUGGACGCCAACAUUCACCCUUACGUCGUGUUCGGCAAUGUCGGCGGCAAGGACGGGUUCACGGGCUUCGAUCCCGCGGAGCAUGGUAUCGAGCCGCUGAGCGUGAUGGCGGUCGUGUGCGGCGACAAGCUGAUCUACGGCGUCUGGGGCGACGAGAACGGAGUCGAUGGCGACAAGUCGGUCGUGGGCGAGGCGUCCAUUUCGCUGGCGACGGCGUGCUACGUCAAGGACAACAUCAACGGUAACAGCGGCCACGAUGAGAACGACGUGCUGUUCAUCGCCUUUGCCGGCUUUGAUGCGGUGGCCGGCGCCGAUGGAGCGGAUUGGGCGGCGAAAAACUACGAUGACUUCGAGGCUAGUAUUGAGGAUCUGGGGGAUAAGCUCAUUGGGAGUAUUACGGCUUGA